AUGGCACCGCCGAGGUUUUGGGAUGGUCAGCAGCGUCUGAAGUCGCCGAUGGCCCCCGGACGGGUGGAGCGUGCAUCCUUGGAGAUUGAGCACAACCAGGCCUCUCCCGCGACCCAACGAUGGUCCAACAGACCGGGAUCAGAGGUCAACCGCCAUGGCCAUUCCGGCCAUUCCACCGAUGCAAGUGACUUUAAAAGGUGGGAGCACUUGGGACAGUCACGGCAAGAGGGCUUAUGGAGCUGGUGGCGUGGGGAGAAGUGGUAUGAACAGAAACAAGCCCCAGGCCCUAAAGGCCCUCGCUAUGAGGAGACCCACUGGCAAGGUCACAGCCACAGCAGGCAUGUUUUCUGGGGCUACGCCAACUUGGAGAAUCGCAGGCAAGCCGCUGUGGCAUCCGUGGAAGCGGUGCCGUGUUUGGGAGAUGAAGAGGUUCGAGAAAGAUGGCAGGAACACAUCGAGGACUCCCGGGAUCCCGAGCGUUCAGCCAAGCGAAUCCAUUGGCUCAUCAGCCGACUACAGAUGCAGGGCUACAAUCGGCCAGUGGAGACGCAGGCUCCCGUGCAGAGCUCGAUGGCCGACUUGCUUGAAAUUGCCAAGAGGGAACAGCAGGAGCUGAAUGCUGAGGCCAGUGAAGUGGGUGAGAACUUGACGUCCACCACGGCCAGUGCAGUGGGUGAGAACUUGACAUCCACUGCAAUCCACAAAUCCAGCCUAUUCUUGGUGUCCCUAGACGGCAAGGGAUGCGAUGGUAACAUGGACCCAAUGCGUGGUAUAUGGCUUGCCGGGCUUUGGCUUUGGUGCUGUCACCGUCGCUUGGAUUCCUUGGAUUCCUUGGAUCGGUUGGAUCGGUCGGAUCCUGCGGUGAUGAUCAGUUUGUUUCUUCCUUCGCUCUACGCUGAUCACCUGGGUGUCCCCUUGAGCGCCAUCGGCCAUGUGACUUCGGCGGUGCAGAUCUUUGAUGCCGUGACGGAUCCGGUGUUGGGACACGUCUCAGAUCGGCUCAAGUUUGUCAGUGGCAGAAGAAGGCCGUUCAUGCUGAGUGGAUCUUGGCUCCUGGCUGGCUGCUUCAUUGCACUCUUCACACCCCCGCAGACAGGAGCUUGGCCUUCAGCCCUGGCCUGGGCCACCUGUUGGGCACUGCUCACGCAGCUCUGCCUCACCGUGGCACGGGUGCCGUGGCUCGCUUGGGGCAUCGAACUGAGCCACGAGUACCACGAGAAGACGCGCCUGGAGAACCUCGCCAACAGCGGUGUCGAAAACCGCGAAAACCGCCACGACAGCAACGUUUGCGAUCCCCUCUUGGAGUUGAAAGACAAGAUGUCGGAGGGAGCCAGGGACUUUGACCAGGACUUGAAUCGAUACUCUCCAAGGGAUCGGGUCUGUGCAGCCAUCAUUUUGUGGUUCAUGGUGCCGAUUUUUUGGAGUUGGAGAUUUUCAGCGGACCAUGGUGUGCUCUUGAUCCUCAGCACUGUGAGCACCGUGUUCCUUAGCCUGGCUGCCUUCAACUUCUAUUUGGACGGCACGCGCUAUACCUGGAAAAUGUGGUUAGAUGUUGCGGCGGUGGCGAUCCUUGCAACGUUUCAGUUGUUGCGAGUUUUUCAUGCUCCAGCGCAGAUGUUGAUGGCCUUGGGCUUUGCCUUGGCCUUCGUGGGCUUCUGGGUCUUGAAUGGGCUGCAGAUCACUUGGGCCCAGGGCUUGGCCAAAGUUGGCCUUGAUUGGAUCAUGAGUUUUCUCAGCUACCGUUGGUGUGCCGUGCUCGCCUGCAUCUCUGUGGCCAUCAGCGAGACCGAAAUGCAGAGCCCAGGGCUGACAGGGCCCACCUUAAGUCCUGCUCAGAUGGGUUGUCUCACAGCGAUGUACUACGGCCAUUCGAUGCUCAUGUGGUAUCGUGCCGACUCCUUGAAAAGUGACUCCGAGAAAGGCGUCCCCAACUGGUUGACCUGGCCCAGGCAACUCUAUUGGCUCCUCGAGACAGCCGUGGUGGUGGCGCUCACCUGCCUUUGCCUCGGCUUGGCAGGUUCCGCAUAUGAAAAGGUUGGGGCCGUUGGGGGUUCUAGAGUCAGGUGGGUUUUGGGCAGUUUGGCGGCAGCGAUCCUGCCUCUCUCCAUCGACAGCUUCACCAAUGAGUUUACUCGCCUUACGCUGCUUGCGGUCUUCUGGGCUGUGCUCAUCGCAGUGAACGGCACGUUGUGUUUUUGUGCUUUACCCGACGGCAGCGACAUGUCUAGCGCCGCGGCGCCCUCCAGUUCUGCGCUGGAUUUUCUCUGGCGGCUGCCGCAGGUCCGCGCAGCAUGGAGCUUGUGGUUGGCGACGGUGUUGAUGACCAUGGCAACCACCAGCAACGCUUUGCUGUAUCCCUUCUUUGUGAAAUAUGUCCUGGAAGACGAGGAUGGCGUAUCCUUGCUCCUGGGUUUAUACAUCUUGAUUGGUGCCCUGGGCGUUCCUUUCUGGGCCUUGCUCUCGCAACGCUUCGACAAGCGACGCGGCUUGGUCUUGGCCACGCUGAUUCAGGCGUUUGCCUUGCUGGUGGCCUUCAUCGGGUUCGGAAGGGGGUCUGUGGCCGUGUACUCGGGAUGUAUCAUCGUGGCAGGGAUCAGUUUCGGUGGUGUCCCAGUGAUUCGCUCCUCCAUGUUGGGCGAUGUGUCGGAUCUCUUGCAGCUGCAAAGUGGACGAAAGGACGAAGGAAAGUUGGUGGCUGUCUUUGACAUCUCCAGCAAGUUGGCUGCGAGCGCCUUGAUCUCUCUGGGCUUUACGGUCAUCGACCUUUCGGGCUACCAGGCAGGCGAACCCCAAGGGCCAUCGGCAAAGCUAGCGAUUCGCAUCUUCUACGGCUUGGUCCCGGCGGUUCUGGGGGGAUUUUCCGCCCUGGUGGUCUUCGUUCUGUAUCCCCUUGACCGAGCGAAACAUGCAGAGGUCCUGAGUCAAAUUGAUGUCAAUCCAGAGAAGGAACAAAAACAAGAUCCUUUGGGAGAGGUGGCCUGGAAGCAGAAGCUUCCAGAUGAAUUAGGUAAUGACCGUGAGGACCGCGCCAAGUUGUCCAAGUUGCAGGUUUCUACAGAAUUGGGGAUCUUUGAUGACUUCUUGCAUAACCGCAGCAAAAUGGGGCUGUUGCUGGGAUGGCUGCUGGGCCGCGUUGCGGCCUUCCUCUGCGGCUUCCUCUCCGCGAAGUUGGGCACACCGGUAAACAUCGACUCUACAAUCAUGCAGGUCCUGGGUGCGCCCGUGCAUUGGCUCAUCGCAUGCAUCGCCGCAGCGUGGUUGGGCAGUCUUGCUGUAACGAGCAUGGAAAACCAUUCAACUUGGAAGAUCGGUUGUUUGGCCGCCUGUGUGUUCACCUUGGUCGUUUAG